AUGAUCGUCGAAGCGGAGAAAGGGGAUCACCGCGUCAGAAGACCAUAUUCACCUACACGAAGGCGGAAACCAGCGCGCGCCGCUCCCACUAUCCAUGCACACAAGCUGAAGCUAAAGAAGAAAACACUCUGCUGCAGCCUCAACCUUCCAGCGCCAAUCGUGCAGCGCUACAGCAACCUCACUCCCCCCAUAAAGCAAUUUACUACCAUUGCUCCUGUACUUACGCAAAAGCCAUCGACGCAGCGUGACCCAUUCACUGUUUACAUCAUGCUCAUUAUACGUAUUGUCAUUUUGAUAUCUUUCCACCUCUGCUCGUACCAUCCCCCUCCGCUCCUGUUUCUCCAUGCCUCUGGGCACAGCAAAGCGUUGAGGCGGCUUUGGUUCUGGUUUUCUAUUGAUGCUAUGAUCACCACCCACAGCGGAUGGCUUAUCGCGGGUGAAAAGUGCCUCAUUUAA